CCCAGGCUGGACGUUUCCUUCCUUCCGCCGGCCCGGAACGAGGAGACGGCGGAGCUGCUGUAGCCAUGAGCCGCUUUAAAUUCAUCGAUAUCGGUAUUAACUUGACAGAUCCUAUGUUCAGAGGCAUUUACAGAGGUACACGGAAACAUCAAGAUGACUUUUUGGAUGUAAUAGAGAGAGCAGUCAAAACUGGUGUUAAAAAGUUUAUGAUUACAAGCGGAAAUCUACAGGACAGUAAAGAUGCAUUGCAGCUGGCACAGACAAACGACAUGUUUUACAGUACGGUUGGCUGUCAUCCCACCCGCUGUGGAGAAUUUGAGCAGAGUGACCCUGACCAAUAUUUAGCUGAAAUGCAAAAUCUAGCUGAAAAAAAUAAGGGGAAGAUCAGAGCAAUUGGGGAAUGUGGCCUGGAUUUUGAUAGAUUAGAAUUUUGCCCUAAAGACACCCAACUCAAAUACUUUGAAAAGCAAUUUGACCUGUCAGAGCAAACAAAAUUGCCAAUGGUUCUCCAUUGUAGAAAUGCACACACUGAAUUUUUAGAGAUAAUGAGAAGGAAUAGAGAUAGAUGUAUGGGAGGAGUGGUACAUUCAUUUGAUGGCACAAAGGAAGAAGCAGCUGCUAUAAUUGAUUUGGAUCUCUAUAUAGGAAUAAAUGGUUGCUCACUGAAAACAGAAGCCAAUUUAGAAACACUGAAGUCAAUUCCUAGUGAAAGAUUAAUGAUAGAAACUGAUGCUCCCUGGUGUGGUGUGAAAAAUACUCAUGCUGGGUCAAAGUGUAUAAAAACAACAUUUCCCACAAAAAAGAAAUGGGAAGUAGAGCACUGCUUGAAGGACAGAAAUGAACCUUGCCAUAUAAUUCAGGUACUGGAGAUAAUGACAACAGUAAGAGAGGAAGAUCCACUUGAACUGGCCAACACUCUUUACAACAAUACUAUUAAAGUCUUCUUUUCAGAUAUGUAAUGCUAUGUUUCUUACCUUUAUUUUGUAUGCAAAGCCUGUUAACCUUACUAUAAAACUUAAAAUAUAAUAGUACUUUUGUUGUUGUUGCAGAAGUGGGGUUUUUGGUUUGUUUGUGGUAUAUCAAGAUUAAACCUGUCUUUGUAAACCUCAAAUACUGAACAUCUAAAGCAAGGAUUCUUGCAACAAAUUUUGGUGGCCUCAGAGUGUGGCUACCUGAUAAUUUUUCUAAAAUAUUUACUUUAGGAAAAACAAAGACAUAUACAUAUCCAAAUCCCUGUAAUUUAUUUAUGUAGCGUUUUUUUGCAAACUCAAUAAAAAAAUACAAUUGUGUCUA